AUUCGAAUAAACCGCCCGCGACCUGUCAAAAUUCGCGAUUUACCGCCAAAAAGGUCGAUGACACUAUAGGGUUGAAUUGAAUCGUGCAGUGAUCGAUCGCCAAUUCGAUAAGGUCGAUUUCCUGAGUAACCAUUUGAAUAAUUCAAUAAUUAUUUAAAAUUAUUAUCACUGCAUUUUUUGCAGGUUAACGAUUAAAAUUGUUGUUGCCCAUUAAAGUUGUCUUAAAUAAGACUUAACUUAUUUAUAUACUUGGAGAGGAAGAUAUCUCUAUAGAAACAAAUAACUCAGAAAAAUAUAAACUUAUCUUUAAUAUGGAAAAUAAAGACUUAAGUGAUGUAAACAAACACAUUGUAACCAAAUAAAUUAACGAAUAAAUUGAAAGACUUAAAAAUAUUACUGAAAGUGAAAAUGACGAUCAAAAUGAGCAUGAAAAUGUUAGUGGUACUAGUGCUGAUAGCAUUGACACCACUAGUUGCAUCAAAAACGAAGAGAUACUCAAAACAUCAGACGAAUUCUUUGUCGAAAGCGAGGUGCGACUUGGUGUGCCUUGAAGGAAGCAAGGAAAGUAGAAGCAAGUGCCGAUCACAAUGCAGAGCCCAAGAGCAGAAGCCUGGAACCUGCCCUGUAUCAGACACUCCGAAGUGGGAGGCUGCGUGUGUUGAAGCAUGCAAUACUGAUUCUCAAUGUGACGGCACACAAAGGUGUUGCCAUCAUAAAUGCGGUUCAACAUGUAGCGAACCUCUUGAUCUGUUAACGCUACCAGGUCUCCCAGCCUUACCAGUAAUGGAUAAAGUAAAAGAGAAGCGGAAAUCGGUUUUAAUUCAAUGGACAGACGGGGUUGGAGACGCGGCGAGAGCUGUCCUAGGCCGAAAAUAUUACCUUGUGGAGGAACAACACCAUUUAGGACCAAAAUAUGAAGAAGCGAGACUUGGAGAAUGGAAUCUUUUACUGAGAACUAAUAAGACCAAAGCAUCACUUCGGAAUCUGCUGAAACCUGGCCGUUGGUACCGGUUCAGGGUCGCUGCGGUGUCCGUCGCGGGCACUAGGGGCUUUUCUGUCCCAAGUGCUCCCUUCACACCUAGAAAAGGACCCAGACCGCCACCCUCGCCGAAGAAGUUAAGAGUGCGACAUGUGAAGACUGAAAAUGGAACGGUGACGAUCAAACUGGAUUGGAAGGAACCAGUUUCAGACUUGCCCAUCAUGCGAUACAAAGUUUUGUGGAGUCGCCGAGCUCGAGGGGUGAACGGAGAGCUCGAUUCUGUCCUCGUCAAUCAUCAGACAGUGCCCAGGGACCAGACAUCGAUCGAGAUAAAAGACCUUCAACCCAAUUCGAUGUACUUUCUGCAAGUACAGUCUAUCAGUCAGUUUGGGCUAGGCAGACUUCGGAGCGACAAGGCAGCCAUCUUUUAUAACACGACCAGCGCAAAUUUGACUAAUCAUAAUCAGCGAGACAGUCUACCACCAGAGGCACUGAAGAAGAAAGAAAAGAGGAUAAAAGGACUAAAACUCCAUAAAAUAAUAUGGAACAAUCAUAAAAUAAAAGCUAGAAUUUCGUGGGAACCUUCACCUGGAAUUGUUGAGAAACCAGGAAGAUAUUACGUUCAGUGGAGGACCGUAAAAUGCUCAGAUUCAAAAAUUCCAAAGAAAGAUUUGACUGCAGCUACAGAAGAAACAACAUUUGAAAUCUACGAGCUGAACUAUCGGUGCAGUUAUAAAGUUAAUGUUAAUAGAGCUUGGAAAGCCAAGUCACCUGACUCAGAGCUAUUAGUCACUGUGCCAGGAUGUGAAUAUUUUCAACAAAAAGUGACAGGACCUAAGUCAAUUUGUACUACAUGAAAAAAAGAUUUUUCAGUAGAUAGGAAAUAUUUUAACAAUAGUUCUAAGUAUUCAAUAUUUACAUUUUGGAGGUAACUACCAGGUAUACCUUUUGAAAAUUACAAAUUGUCUUGACUUUUUAAUUCUCUUACGUAGUUGAAAAUCAACCUUCAUCCUUUCAUGUAUCUAAAUUAAGUAGAUUAUUAAAAGUAUUACAAUUAAAAAUACUUAUAUAGUGUGUAUCAGUAAGUCUAUUAUAGAAACUAGGAUUAAGAUUAUUUAUUUGUAAUGCCUAUUAGAAUAAAA